UUUUUUUUUUUUUUUUUUUUUUUUUUUUUUUUUUUUUUCCUUAGCAAGAAAAUCUGCUCGGUCCCAGGCAGCCGCCGCUGCCCCUUUGAUGUUUUGGUACACCGUGCGCAUGCGCCUCACAUUAGAAUUACUGCACUGGGCAGACUAAGUUGGAUCUCCUCUCUUCAGUGAAACCCUCAAUCCCAUCAAAAACUAAAGGGAUGUGGAGAGUCCGGAAAAAGGGCUACUUUGGGAUUUGGUCAUUCCCCUUAAUAAUCGCCGCUGUCUGUGCGCAGAGUGUCAAUGACCCUAGUAAUAUGUCGCUGGUUAAAGAGACAGUGGAUAGACUCCUGAAAGGCUAUGACAUUCGUCUGAGACCAGAUUUUGGAGGUCCCCCUGUGGCCGUGGGAAUGAACAUUGACAUUGCUAGCAUCGAUAUGGUUUCCGAAGUCAAUAUGGAUUAUACCUUGACAAUGUACUUUCAGCAAGCCUGGAGAGAUAAGAGACUGUCCUAUAAUGUAAUACCUUUAAACUUGACUCUGGACAAUAGAGUGGCAGACCAGCUCUGGGUGCCCGAUACCUACUUUCUGAAUGAUAAGAAGUCAUUUGUGCAUGGAGUGACUGUCAAGAACCGCAUGAUCCGCCUGCAUCCAGAUGGGACCGUUCUUUAUGGCCUCAGAAUCACAACCACAGCUGCCUGCAUGAUGGACCUAAGGCGGUACCCACUGGAUGAACAAAACUGCACCUUGGAAAUUGAAAGCUAUGGAUAUACCACCGAUGACAUUGAGUUUUACUGGCGUGGGGAUGAUAACGCAGUAACAGGAGUGACAAAGAUUGAACUUCCACAGUUCUCUAUCGUGGAUUACAAACUUAUCACCAAGAAGGUUGUUUUUUCCACAGGUUCCUAUCCCAGAUUGUCCCUCAGCUUUAAGCUUAAGAGAAACAUUGGUUACUUUAUUCUGCAAACAUACAUGCCUUCCAUCCUGAUCACUAUCCUCUCCUGGGUCUCCUUCUGGAUUAAUUAUGAUGCAUCAGCUGCAAGAGUGGCAUUAGGAAUUACAACUGUCCUUACAAUGACUACGAUCAAUACCCACUUGCGGGAGACUCUCCCUAAAAUCCCCUAUGUGAAGGCCAUUGACAUGUACCUGAUGGGGUGCUUUGUCUUUGUUUUCAUGGCCCUUCUGGAAUAUGCUUUGGUCAACUACAUCUUUUUUGGGAGGGGACCCCAACGCCAAAAGAAAGCAGCUGAGAAAGCUGCUAGUGCCAACAAUGAGAAGAUGCGCCUGGAUGUCAACAAGAUUUUUUAUAAAGAUAUUAAACAAAAUGGGACCCAAUAUCGAUCCUUGUGGGACCCAACUGGAAACCUCUCCCCAACUAGACGGACUACCAAUUACGAUUUCUCUCUGUAUACGAUGGACCCACAUGAGAACAUCUUACUGAGCACUCUUGAGAUAAAAAACGAAAUGGCCACAUCUGAGGCUGUGAUGGGACUUGGAGACCCCAGGAGCACAAUGUUGGCCUAUGAUGCCUCCAGCAUCCAAUAUCGGAAAGCCGGGUUACCCAGGCAUAGUUUUGGCCGAAAUGCUCUUGAGCGACAUGUGGCACAAAAGAAAAGCCGCCUGCGGAGACGUGCCUCCCAACUGAAAAUCACCAUCCCCGACUUGACUGAUGUGAAUGCCAUAGAUCGGUGGUCCCGCAUAUUCUUCCCAGUGGUUUUUUCCUUCUUCAACAUCGUCUAUUGGCUUUAUUAUGUGAACUAAAACAAAGCCUCCCAUGGGAAGCAAGGACUAGAUUCCUCCUCAAACCAGUUGUACAGCCUGACGUAGGACUUGGAAAACACAUCAAUCCAGGACAAAAGUGAUGCUAAAAUACCUUAGUUGCUGGCCUAUCCUGUGGUCCAUUUCAUACCAUUUGGGUUGCUUCUGCUAAGUAAUGAAUACACUAAGGUCCUUGUGGUUUUCCAGUUAAAAUGCAAGUGAUUUGUAUACAUGCUGGCAAGACUGUCUGAGUGUUCCACUUUAUCUGCUGAUGCAGCCUAUAUAGAGGGCAAUUAUUUAGAAGAUAUUCUGAGAGGGCUCAGUAGCAUUGCCAGUCAUUUUGCUGAGAAGUGGUCAUAUCCAGAUACUCCCCAUCUUCAUUUCUAAGGUUGGCAUGCUGUUGAGAUGGCACUGUGUUUAUGAAACAUCUGCAGUGCCAUGCAAACAUGCUUACUGGAGAUGACCUAUGCCUGUCUUAAGGUGAUAAUGGUGUGUCAUGGGAAGAUAGUUCCCACUGGAUUCUAGAAGGGUCUCAUGUAGUUCAAACAGGAUAGGCAGAGUGAAGACAGAGACUUGGUAACCAAUUUGGCCAGUCUCUGCUUGAGCACAGGGAGUCAACUCUGAUGUCUUCCAUUUUGACAUUUCUAGAAACUGGGGACUACUAAACAUUAUCAUGCAUGGUGGCCAAGAAAUGUUUCUAAAAAGCUAUUUCUUGUUGGUUAAAAUAGAGUUAAUAAUCCAGAGAAGAGUGGAAAAUCCAGAAACAAAUGUUGUAACAAAAUUAAAGCAAGUGAGCAGCAUGACCCUUACCAGCCCCACACAGCAUCUGGUCCAUACAUAUUUUGUAUAAUGGCAAAAGGUCAGUGAGAGAGAUUUUUUUCCCCCACUUCACAGGCUUUUGACAGCACACCUAAAGAGGUUUUUAUAGUUUAUCUAAUCAAAAGACAACCACAAAAUAGAAAAGCUAGCAAAAUUAGAAGUAUCUUAGAUGCAGGUUAGAUUGGGAGUCAUUCAAAUAUACUAAUAUAGAGCACAGAUAAAGCUAGGAGACAGGUUGAUUUUCUCAGACAAUGUCAGCUGUCUCUACAACAUUUCCCUUAAGUUUAUUUCUGAAUUUAAUAGGGUAUUUCAAAAGAAGGAUUUGUUCAUUUCUUUAAAGGAUUAAUGGUCCUUUGCCAGCUUUUCUUGUUUCUGAAAUCCUGAUUAUAUUCUUAGGAGACAAAGCAAGGCUUUGAAGAGAUUGAUUGAACUACAUUUCCUUAUGUGCAAUGACAUUCACCUUUGUAUUUUUCAUAGCAAACAAUACUUAAAGGAUUAUGUGCACAAGUAGAGUUAGUUUGUGGGUUUGUUGGAUUUGACUUUUUAAGGGUGCUUUCAUAGUAUAUGUUGCAAUCGGCUGGAUCAAAGAAAACAUGAAAAGUAGUGUAGAGUACGAUAACAACAAAGCCACAUUAACAUGAUGAAUGUUAUGAGCCUCAAUUGAUAUUACAGAAAAAUAUAUAACUGAUCAGUAGGCAUGAUGUAUUGUUUUUAUUCAAUUUUUAAAUUAUGUCAGUGUGCUUCUUUCUAUAAUAAUUGGACAUAUGCAUUCAUAUGUGAGACAGUAAAGAGAAUAAGCUAAUAUAUUUUAUUUCUAUCAAUGUGAGGUCCAUAUUUUGCUUUUCUUGGAGAAAAUAGUGAAUUGCUAAUUUCUCCUUAAAGUUUGAUUUGAUUGAAUGUUUUCUUAGAGGAUGACUUUGCUAUUUCUAUUUUAAAGACAAGAAACACUUAUUUUCAAAGUAACAUCCCUAAUUGUGCAUAGUAGGCAAGGCCAGUAUUUGCCUGUGGAUAAAAUGCAUGUUUUUUUCCCCUGAUAAUUCAGCAGCUUGGAAUAUGACAGAGUACUGCUGCCCUCCUAUUCCAACUAUCAGACAGAGGGGGGAAAAAAAAAGGUUUAGCAUUCAGCUUUCUAAAUUCUAUGCUCCAAGAUGGGAGGUAUUUUUUUUCCUUCACCAGCAAAGGGAACUCUGGCCUUUAUUUUUUGAUUAUACACUUGAACACUUCUGAGUAUGAUCUUUGGGCAGAAUCCAACCAAGUUUCUGCCCAUGGGCUCAGAGUAGAAAUUUCUCAAUUUUCUCCAGGUACAUGCUUUCACCUAGGCAAUCAUUUUGGGGCACACACUAAUAAAAGUGCCUGUCCCUUUUCGCCAGGGGUUAAAGUUUGAGUAGCAUAUAUCAGGAAGGAGCAUAUCGAUAACUCAGGUGCACAACUCCAAAAUGCCAUCCUAGAAAGGUUUUUCUAGAGACAACUCAGAGCCCAAGUCUAGCAGUGGGCUCUUAUUUGCAAUUAUCAUAAAAGCCAUAAAAAUCCUUGAUAUUGUCAUUUAUGGUUACAACAAAAUUUCAAUGUCCAGGGAAGUCAACAUGGUAAUCUAGAUCAAAGUGAAAGAAGAAACUUUGCAGUAUGAGCCUCAAAAGCGUAUGACCAAGGAUUCAUUUCUGUUCACAGUGAUAAGAAGAAACCAGAAAAAGGAGAAAGAUGGGAGCUUCAAACAGAUGCCCUAGAACGAAAUCCAUAUAUUGGCAUUCAAUAACCACGUAGGUAGAAACAACUGACUCAUCCUGCCCAGAGACAACAGUAGAUGUAGAUUUUAUUUUUAACUAUAUUUUUACUGUAGUUGAAUUGGACUGUAGUCACCAAACUGGGGGUGGGUUAGGGAGGGGUGCUAGAUCUCAUAACUCUAUGAAAACCAGUCAGCUUGGUAUCCAGUGGUUAAAUUUAAGGACCACAAAAAUGUGUUUUGGCAAUUCUGAUAAGGUAUUAGUAUCACAUUAUACAUACAUAU